CCACAUGUCAUUACGUUGUGGCGGGCUUCCUGUUGAGUUCAGGCGCUGCUUUCUUUCAGCUCUUCAAUUUAUUUUGUUUCGUCUAACCAAGAAACUGUUUAGUAGAUGUCAAAGUCUUUCAUUUUAUAGCGCACGUCGUUCCUGCUCGAAUAUUCAAACAUAGGAGGCUCAGGUCGAGCGUCCGAAUUCUGUUACGGUGCUGAAAGAAAUGGUGUUGAUUUGAGGUGUCCUGUAGCAGAAUUUGACAACGACCCUGCACUGUCAAACAAAUGGCAGAGAGUUUUUACAAAUUACAAGAUGAACCCCUUCCUAGCUUCCUCAUCCAUUCUUUGGACAACACCAAUGGCCGUUCUACCCUUGGCAAUGUAACACUGGGUUCAGGCCCAGGACUGCCGGUGGCUGCUUCUACAGUGGCUAAAAUUAGACCUCUGUCUGAGAACAGAAACUGUGUUGAUGUGUCAUAUCUGGAGGAAAAGGAGCAGCAGCAUGCAAACUCCCAAUCAUCUGAAGACAAGCAGGCCAAGUUUGCACUCAGCUUCAAAGACGACCUGGACAAUGCAGAUGACUUCAUUGCAGCACAUCGUUUAUCAGAAAUGCUGAUUAAGAUUAACAUGGAUGAAAGUGCAUUCAGAAACCAUGGGUCCCCACUGGGUCGUCUUCCAAGUCAGAUGUGUUCAAUGCAGGGCAGGCAUACAGAACAUUCUACAGGUCUAACAUUUUCUCAGUUUGGACACAAGGAUCAUAUGGAAAAAAAGGUCUCAACCCUGCAAGCUACUGGUGAGACCAAUAUUGUGCCAAGUGAAGCAGUGGACCGUGACCAUUUUAGUGUCAAUUCCAGUUUUUUGGAAAAUGAAAAGCUCAUGUCUGUGGACAGCAUGACCAGUGACAUUACAGAUGAUGAAAUUGAUUUGAACAACUUGGCUGAUGAUGAGUUGGAGCUGUACUUCAGAAAACUGGUGCCUUCUGCAAUGCAGAGGGGAACAGUGAAGGGCCAAGAACUCCCUGCCACAGUGCUUCCUCUGACAUCUAAUGACCGAUCCAAUUCAAGUUCCAUAGAUCCUGAACAGUAUGGACACCAGAUCAUUGGUGACUAUAAUCAGGACAAUUUGCAGAUUUCUGUUGUGCGUUUGGCAGCUACAGGUAUGGACUCCUGUCCAGCGAGUGACGAAGACACCGAGGAUGAGCUUGAGUCUGCCAGCCACAUGAGCAAUUCCACCAGAAACAAGCCAUUAUCAAGCUCCAGACAGUUGGUUGGUGAAAGUAAUCGUCCCAGUUUCAGGCCAGGUUUAGAAGGCGGAAGUUCUGAUGACGAGUGGUCAGGUUGCCUAGGCAGUCGAUCUCUUUCUGGAAUUGAACACAGACCAUCUGCCGAGGGACGAGUUGUUAACCCACCAGUCACAGGGGAUGGAGGAGGUGGAGAUGGGAGCAGUGGGAGUGAAGAAACUGGAAAUCAUAGGGGUGUUUCACAAAUCCCCGUUCCAACAACAAAUGUCCCAACCACCGAUGAUGUGCUGCGUGGGCUGGGGAUUGUGGGGAGCAGUACUGUUGGUGAAGAUGGAGACGUUGGUCCUUGCAGCAAUCUCGCAGGACAUGGAAGGAACAACUUUUGUACACAUGCAGAGGUGGGUGACCGUGUGGGCCCUGUUGGAAACGGUGAAGGCAGUACCUCAAAAACUUCAUCAUGGGGAAAUCAUGCAGUCUCACCUGUGAACUGGAGCAUGAUUAUGGACAGACAGGAGGCACUGGAUGCCAUGGAAAACACUGAGUUAGGGAUGACAUCUGAGCGAGCUGACUCUGCUUAUGUGAAAAGUGAAACUGGACUCAGGAGAUCCUUGCAAGAAAAACUUCACAUUAUCCAGAACAAUAUCCCCAACUCAAAGGUGCUGCCUUCGUCAAACUUGAGAGGAGGGCCGUGUGGUAACACAUCUGCAGCUGAGGCAUCCGAUAUUAUCAGUGAGGAAGAUAAUGAUUACCUUUCUACCUCCCUGGAGCCAAAAUAUUUCUGUCAAGGAAUGGCAGAGGAGCAAGAUCAUGAAUCUAACUUCUGUCCAGACAUCCUGCAAUUGGAGUUUGAGAAAGGUCCAAAUGUCCCUCAUAGUGUUGUGUACCAGAAUGAAGAAGGGGAGUGGGUAACAGAUCUAGCCUAUUACACCUCCUUUGAGAAGGAAGUUAAGAAGUCAUCACAAAACGAUGAAUUUCAAACUGAGGACUUUGUUUCCGCCGGUGAUGCUUUAGAAAAGAUAGUCAAAGAUCAAGAGGAGUUUGAAAAGGAGCACCAAUUCAUGCAGGAGGAGGAGAUUGUACCAGAUAGCAGCAACAGUCCCUUUCCAAAUGACUCUUGGAAAGCUGGUACUAGCAGCCACAUCUUGAUGAGAGCCUCUCAAGUUUCCUCUGAGUUUAAUCCUGGGGACCAAAGCUACUUGCGGCUCUCAUUAGGGCAGUUUUUUCAACAACGUUCUGAAGCCCUGGGCUGUCUUGGCAGUGGUAAUAACAUGGAUGGGAUUAAACGGCCAUCUUUUGGAUAUAUUAUAACUUCUCCAGAGAAGAGGGAACCAUUUGCACUAAUUCAGCCCUCUGACUCCCCAAAUGAGGAGAGCUUUCUUCACAGUGACUCAAUGGAAGUCAGUGAAACUGAUAAAACACUAAGUCCUGAUGAUUUGGACAAAACCUUUGUGGUCUCUGGUGAAAGGGUCUCACCAAAAGGGAACACAGAGCCUGGCAUUUGUGAACAGAUGGAAUAUAAUGCUCUUGAAACUCUUCUUGACUGCAACAAAGGCCCUGGCUCUGCGUCAAAUAUGAGGAAUCAGAGCUGUGUGUCACCCCACAAUAAUAGUAGCAAUCUUAUGCUGAGUAUCAGUACAAUUGCAUCAGCCAUUGCGGAUGCAUCCAUCAGUACUGACCCAUCGCAGCUGGCUGCUAUGAUCAUGGAGCUCUCCAAGAAAAGUAGGGCGAGGAGUUGGACAGAGCCCCCUCAACCUAGAGGGCCUGAGAAAUUUGGAGUGGAACCUCGUCCAGAUGAACAUUGCAACCCAGAUGAAGACCAGAAUGGCCUGCCGGUCACAGUCCAAAGUACCACCUGUGUUGAAGACUACAGUGCCUUCGACAUUGAAAAAUACUUGAAGAUUGACAUGUCUGGCUGCAGUGACACAUCAGUAGCUCAUAAUACCUUUGACCUCACUGGCUGGACUGCCAACAUCAACCGAUUGCAGAAGAAACAGACUGGAUAUAUUGAAGAACAAAGUUUAGAUAAACAAAUAAACAAUGAAACAGGUGCAAUAAGAGAGGAGAAAAUUCGAAGAGUAGAGCCAGGAAAGACUACCUCUUUCAAAAUAUCUUCUGAUGAUAAGGAUGAUUUUAAAAGAAGUUCAAUUCCUUCUCCUCAUUUAUCAGUCAGCUCUGGCAGUUCUUUGGACUCGAGGAAUUCUUCCAUGCCCAGUGUCCCAGUAGAGAGAAAUGUUGCCUGUGACAACUCUGAUUGUAAGACUACAGAGAGUAGUAUUUUCUCAACAAGCACAUCAUCAGUUUUUGGAACAAACCUGGAAGAAUUGAAUCCACAAAUAUCCCGUGAUGAUUGCUCCUCAAGGACAUAUCAUAGCGGUCAUAUGGGCACUUCUUCCUCUCCAGGGUCAAAGAAGCAUCAGUUACAUUUUAUGUGUCCCAAUGGUUCCUCUGCUCCAACACAGAAAAUGAGUAGCAUUGUCCAGCAGCAGGUUAUACAGAGUAACUCUCCAGGAAAGAAAAGCCCAACCAAAUUUCUUAUGGCUGUUCCUCUGUCUCAAUGCUCUGUGGAAGAACAUCUUGGUUUCUCCUUUCAAAACACUCAGCCCUCAGGCGACUGUGCCUCUGAAUUGCCCGCAGAACCAUGUGUGGAGGAGACUCGCUGCGACUUCAGGCCCUCCACAUCACCUCUAACUCACUCAUCUCCAAGUCAAACUUGCCCAUGUGAUGCUAAUAGUGGGUCUCCGGCAGCUAGUGGCAUUCUGGCUGGAAAAUGCCCAGCUCCUGACCUCUCUCCUCAGUCUAACUGCUCCAGCCCCAGUCUAAGCAGGCUGACAUACAUCUCAAUGAAUGACGCCACUGUUGUACCGACACCUGGAAGGCAAAAGAGUGACUGUACAAUGGCGCUUAGCACUACAAUCAUCAGAUUCAGUCCAACUCCCCCUGUGGAACAAGGGCCGCACUCCAAUGAGAAUACAUGCAGCCAUUCCAAAAGCCUUGAUAAAGUACAGCCAAAGCACUCUAAAAGUCUGGAACAGCUACCAGCACAACAGAGUAAAAACCAAGAGACCACAGGUGAUGGCUCUAAUCUGGCCUGUGCCCGCAGCCAGCGUGAAUGUAGUUUUGCUGGUGAUAAAAUUGAUAGUCUUUCAGCAAACUCCAGGAACUGUAACAACAAAGCUGAGUCUGGUGCAAAGCAGCUCACAAAGUUUGAUUUGGGCUAUAUCAGUAAUUCACACAUUCCACAAACUGUCUCAACAGCAGCUCCUCAUACAUCUGAACAGUGGGCAGCUGCCAGCUCUGUCCCAUCAUUAUUUUCUGGUGAGCUUGGCAUACCUCAAUCUUACUUAUCAGGGGGAAUACACUAUAGGCCGAUCAAAUUUAAGUCUCCGCAUCCUGGCUUGAUUGACGUCCCGCACCAAGGAGAUAUGCAGUCAGUCUUGGCUCGCCCCCUUGUUGACUCCCAACUCGCCCAUCAGAUUUUUGGACCUAAUGCUCCAUUAAAUCCUAGCAUCUAUCCGGUGGGAGCAACUGGAACCGGUCUCUACAGUGUGUCUUCUUCAGAUGUGGCCAAUGAUGACUCAAGAGUAAGGCACAUCCAUCCAAUAGCACAACCUUUGGGGAUAGCUAGUUCUGUCUCUGAUCACCUUUCAAGAUCCACUCAGAGCCAUCAGGACAUGGCUGUGCUUGCAAAACUCUACAACCAAUAUGGUGAUGAAUCAAUGGUGAUAAGUUCUCUUGAUGAGCUGAGAGUUCAAGUUGUGGUACCUGAGGAGCUGCAGUUUCCUCAUGCCUGUUGUGUGGGAAUUGCUUCACAGACCUCCCUAAGCAUCUUCAAUCCCUCUGAGAGAUGGCAACAAGUGUCAAUAACAGUUACAAGUUUGUCCAUUGAUGGAGAAAAGGUGGUUAAUUUGCCUUACCAAUGGCUGAUCGUUAAGAGCAAGACGGUCAUUGGCCCCAAAAGUGCAGAAGAACAGAAGGUGUUGUUCAUUCCUCCGAAGGCUGGUGUUUACCAGUGUGUCCUCAGUGUUUGUUCUUGGCCUACACCUACCAACAGAGAAGUGGCCGACAGGGCCAAUAUUUUUGCCAGAAAGGUGAUGCUGGUUGCCAUUGCGGAAAAUCCUUCAGUGGAGGUUGAAGUAGGUAAUUCUGGAUGCUUGGAUUUUGGAGAUAUGCCAGGGGGCAGUUCCAAAUCCCUUCUUCUCAAAAUUCUUAAUACGACCCGAGCCACAGUACCCAUCAGACUAGUCAUCAGUGCUAAGGCCAACGCAUGGCGUUGCUUCACGUUGUCCAAACAGCAAGUUUCCGUAACAUCGGAGGCCACACAAUCAGCAGGUCAAAUGCCCCCACCGUUGGUAACUUCUAUGGUGAAUCAUGUGAUGCAUUCCAGCUACGGAGAGAAUCCCGAGUGUUUUAUGGUUUGGGUUAACUUCAAGGCCCUGCAAAAAUACGCAACCUCUUCAGAGGAUUUGGGUCCGGCUGAAGAGUACAGUGCUCGCAUAGACAUAGAAGUCGACUCUCCUGGUGCCAGCCAUGUUAUCAAAAGUGUUCCCAUCAGAGCUAGGUCUGGAACCGUGAGAGUCCAUGCUCCAAAGGAUCUCCAGACUGUCUGCCUUCGUGUUCCAGUGGCUAAAUCUUGUCAAGCAACACUACCGUUAAAGAAUGCAGGAAAUAUUGAUGUGUGGAUGAAACUCAAGUGCAAUGGUGCUGAAGACUGUUUCUCAGUGACACCUGAUGAACUGUUCCUCACAGUGGGAGAGGAGCAAAGCAUAGUGGUUUCAUUUAAGGCGCAGGAUUCCAAGAAAUCCAAAGCAAGCCUUCUUACUAUCUUGGUGCUGCCGUCAGGCCCCCAGUAUGAAGUAAAACUGAAUGGAGAGGUUGUCUCAGAAGAGUCUGUCACCUGCGCUGCUCCUGUCCUUGGUUCUUGUCUGGGCAGUGAUGUUCCGCCGAUUCUAUCUAACAAGCAGUUUGUGGCCUGGGGAGGUGUCUCCUUGGGGCGAGCAGUUCAGCAGAAGCUGGUUCUAAGAAACAAUUCAUCCAAUGCAACUCAGCAGCUUCGGUUACUCAUUCGUGGUCAAGACCAGGACUGUUUUCAGCUGCAGAGUUUGUUCAGUCCAGCGGAGCGUUUGACCCGGCACAGAGAGCUGUCCAUUCGCCCACAAGAGGACGUGACUGUCCACCUGCUAUUUGCGCCGACAAGGGUUGCGUGCAUGUUAGCCAAGUUGGAGAUCAAACAGUCUGCAGUCCGGCCAUCACAACCAGGGGUCAAAUUCACUAUUCCCCUCUCAGGCUACGGUGGCACCAGCAAUAUAAUUAUGGAGGACCAGCGAAAGCAGGCGGAUGGUUAUGUGGUGAUAGUGUCAGACAUUGCCAUUAAUCAUGUUAGCAAGUUAUGCCUGUGUGUAAGAAACACUGGUUCCAGAGCGGCUUUCAUUAAAGCUGUAGCCUUCUCGGAUGUAAUGACUCAGUCAGUUAUGGAGCCUUUUAUCAUCAGCUUAGCACCAUCACAGUUUGUUCUCAAAGAAAGGACACAAGAGGCAAUCACAGUGCUCAUCAAGUCUACCCAUAGAGAGCUAACUCUGUGUCAAUCAGAGAGACCUCUGCUGGCUACUAUUGUUCUGUUUUGUGGAGAUGAGGUCUCGCGGCAGCAGUACAGGAGACUUCUUCAAACCAAACCAGAUGCUGGGCAGAAAGUUCUUGCUGAAAACAGUUUGCUGAAAAUCAUUGAUUUCAAUGACAAGUUCCCAGGAGAGGAGCUUGUUGCAGAGCCUUUUGACCUCCCUCAGCGACCAAAUGAGGCCUACAUUUUCUACGGACACAUCAAUAAAAUGGCAGUGUCAUUAUUAGGAAGCACAUACAGCAAGAAGUAUGAGCAGAGCAACAGUCCUGAGAUGAUGCUGACCUCGAAUAUAAAAGAAUUGCCAAAAGAAAGUGGCGUUGUAAAUGGUAAUGUUUCUUUGGACGUGCUGCCAGUAAAGGGUCCCCAAGGUCCGGGAAUUAGAGUGACAGGGUCCUCCUUGAAGAUCUCAAAUCCAGAACCUCGACAGUCUGAAUCAUGGACUGUCCAUCCAGAACAGCUUGUCCUCGCAGCUCCAACAAUGAAUGCUGUAGCUUGCACAAAUCAGAUUCAGAUCAAGAACAAUACCUCCAGAGAGAUGAGCUUUGAUUUAUCCUGGCCUGCUCAUUACCUGACCAUUACUCCUCAGCAUGGAGUCAUUGAGCCACAGUGCCACCUACAGAUUUUGAUCAGCGCCAACCCUUCCUUCGCAAGCAAGUCUGACAUGCUAUCAUGGAAUGGGACAGUAUAUGUACUAUGUGAUGGUCAACAGAAGCCAAUCAAGGUCCAGAUACGUCAAGAUCUGGUGCUGGAUGUUUCUGCUGCCCAAGGAGAUGCGACUCUGUCAGAACUGCCCCCCCAGCCCGCUACCCCUGUGUUGCCUGUGGCCAGAACCACGUCAAAGUCCACGCUGUCUUUGACACCACUGCAGUUACCUCAAGCUCUGGUCGAGAUCGCUAACAAAAAUAUAAUCUUCCCCGACACACCCUCAGGAGAAACAUCAGAGACACAUUUGGAGGUGGAGAAUGGAAAAAUUGAUGUUAGGUGGUACAUAUCAUCAUUUGCUCCUCCCUACGUUAAGGGUGUUGAUAACAGUUGUGAUGUAUACCGGGCCACCUACACAGCUUUCAGGUGUUCUCACAUCUCAGGCACUUUGGGAGCCCAUGAGAAGAUUCAGGUGCCCAUUACAUUCCUGCCAAGGGACCGAGGCGACUAUGCUCAAUUUUGGGAUUUGGCGUGCCACCCUUUGUCUGACCCCUUGCAGAAAUGUAGAAUCCGCUUUCAACUAUGUGGCAUGGGGAUCAAUUCUGGACCAAAUGAAGGCCCUCAGGAAGGAGAUUGCUCUUUGGUAAAAACAGAGACCACAAUUAAGACAAGGAAGAAAGCUGAAACUUCCACUGGCAAAACCAGUGUCAACCAGGAAGAAGCAGUAUGGAGGGGUGUUUAUACGCCUCAGGAUCUUUACACUUUCCCUGAUGCACGUAUUGGCGAGUUCAGCUCUCUAAAGGUCAACAUCCGCAACAACUCACCCAACACACAUGAGCUGAGGUUUGUAAACCCUAGGGAGCCCUUCUACAUCAAGCAUUCCAAAUAUUCCCUGAGAUCGCAGCAUUAUCUGAAACUGCCUGUUCAGUUCAAGCCGAGCACUGCAGGCAUACACGCUGGCUUGCUGCUCAUCCAGUCAGAAACAAAUGGAAGUCUGGUUGUGCAGCUGACUGGUGAGGCACUGCCAUGACUCAUCAGCUACCAGCCACCUCGUGCGAAUGGACUGUGGCUUUUUUUGGGCAUUCCUGUUGGUUGUAAAUCCUCACUCAUGGUUGUACUCUAAUAAGCUAGAGUAAGAUUUGAGAUGAAUAGAAGGUGAGAAUUAUUAACUCUGACUUUUCAGAUGAGAAAACCUGCAUCUAAAAAAAAUCUGCAGGCAACUUUUUUUUUUUUAAAGUUAGUGUGCAACAUUUAUAUUUCAGACUAUUGAACAAUUGAUUUUUUUUUACAUUUGGACUAAAUAAACUAGUUUUACUUUUUUCUGUUCUGCCAUAACUGCCAUGUCACAAGAUGAUUUUGUUGCCACAAUUGAAGCUUUCAUUGAAAUACAUACAGGAUAUAAAUUGU